CUCGCUGCUCGUCCGCUCCGGCAGUGCCCGCCCCUGUAGUAAAAGCCUCCAGCGCCCGGCUCUCCCCGUGACAGCAGCCUGACCGUGUACCCGCCGGCAUGGGCUGCAGCAACUCGUCGUCUGCGGGAGGUUGCAAAGAUACCGGAAAAGACGUGUCAGAUUCGACAUCUCAAGAUGAGAAGCAUAGGAAUUAUGGAGGAGUAUAUGUUGGUCUCCCAACAGAUGCAUCUACGUCUUAUAUGGAUUCAAAAGAAGAAGAAGACAUUUCCAUCCUGACGGAAUUUAAUGUUUAUCUGAUUAUCACUGAGUACCAAGCUCCCAGCAAACCAACAGCACUGAAUGCAACCCCUGAAUCUCCUCUCCGGAGAAUAUCUGCUAGCACAAUGCUUGACUAAGAACGGGUAACUGAGUCCACAAGUCUAAUAUGACGUCUCAUGGAUAUUGCAUUCUGGAGAGGACAGUGUGGCUGCCAUCUCAGUUGCCACUCCUGCUUUUUAGUGGAGCCUACAUAGUGUAUGAAGACAACCUCAAUCCAAGGAAACCUGGAAGGAGAACAUUGUGUAACUAGCUGAUAAUUAAUUACACUUUAGAUGAACAAUCCAAUUUGCCUCUUAUGCAAAAACGAUGCUUUAACAAAGGAAUAUACCUUCUGCUUAAAGUGGUUUUCCAUAAGUAAUCAAUCAUUGUAUAAUGAAAGCUUUUCAAAUUUGUAAACUACCUAUUCAGUUCUUUACUAUUUUCAAGAUCUAUUUGCUGUCAUUGAAUGGAAGCAUUCUUGUUUACCGCAGCACUUACAUGCUUGGUUACAAUUCUAUCAAAUCUGUGCACUAUAUAACCUUGACUCCAGGCUGAUCCAUUUUACCUACACUGAUAUUUUGUAGCAAAUGGCCUCACAGGGAUGACUGAAGCCGCUUUUUAUUAUUUUUAUUAUUUAACUGUGAUAUACAUAAAAACAAACUAAAUUUAACUUUGUGAUGCAAUACGAAAUAAUGGGGGCCAGUUGUGUAGUUUUAGCUGCCUAAGAAAGACUAGACAGCAACUGCUUUGGCUCAAAUAUGCAACCCAAUGCUCUUGAACACUAAAGGAUAAUGUUUCGACUUAUUUGGGGAAGCCUUACUGCAGCUGACGUUAUUGGUAAUCUGGUUAUGUAGAUUUUUAUACAAACUGAAAAACUAUUAUAUGAAUUUUAUAUCUUCUGAGUUAAUAAAGAUUUCUUCUGUAUUGUUGUGUGUUAAUAGGCUGUCUGCACAAAAUCAAUUUUGUACAGUCUCAUUCACACGGCAUUUCUUGCUUCUUUCUCAUCUGUUUGAUAUACAGUGCAUUAAAUCCAUGGGGGAGGCAUUCAUUUAGACUGGCAUUUUACACACUGAUCUUAA